AUGGCAGAAUAUCUGGGCCACUCUGCCAUCGUCGCGCUGCUUGAAUCCCGGGCCGUCGGUGGCGCCAGCGCAACCGUCACGCCCGACGGCACGCCGGAGAAAAACGCCAGUCCCGCGCCGGCGCCCGCCGCGAACAGUCGGGAGAAGGAGGAAGCGGCAGAGCGAGCGGCGGCGGCACUUCUACGCGAGGAAGAGGAGGAAGCGGCGGCGCGGGCCAAAAAGCAGGCUAGAAGAAGGAAAAAGAAGAAGAAGCGGCGCGGUGCUGCUGUGGCCGACGAGGAGAAGAACGACUUGCCCGAUAUCGCGCCGCUCGCGUUCGAAGAAUCGAAAUCGCCGGAGGUCGCCGCGCCGCCGCCGCCGCCCGGGAAAGUCCUCGUCGACGAGAUUCUCGACGACGCCGCCGCCGCUGCGGCCCGCGCGGCAGCGCUCGAGACGUCCCUCACGGCGCACCAGGAGGAGCUCCGGCGACUGAAGGGCCUAUUGACCGAGCGUGGUAUUCCGGACGGGUUGGUCUGUCCGCUCAGUCUGGAGAUUUACGAGGACCCCGUGAUGGCCGCGGACGGCUUCUCGUACGAACGGCGCGAGAUCGCGACCUGGUUCGCCCGGGGCAAGCGCACGUCGCCGAAAACGAACGAGGAGCUGCCCCACACGUUCCUUACCCCCAACCACGACCUCAAGGCCAUGUGCCAGGACUUCCUGGCGGAGGUCCGAAAGUUCGAAUUAUAA